AUGGGCCAGAGGCGCGCCUCCAGGAUCCUGGGCAAGCUGCCGUGUCGCUUGUUCUGCCGCCCCGGGCAAUGCUUUCCACGGCGGCGCGUCGUGCAGGCACAAGAGCGUUUGCCGCCACGGAAUGCGGCUGAUCGUGAAAGUGCGAAGCCCGAGGCGGAGUUUGUGAAGCUGAUGACGGAGCUGAGCGACCUCAGCGGAGGCGCGCAAGAUGCUGUGAAACAGCUGGUGUCAACCAUUCGCAGUCACCUUCAGGUCUCCUUUGCCAGCGUGACUGCCAUAUCUUCUUCUUCGCAUUCUUUUGUAAUGCUGCACGCUGAAGGUGCAGGAUCAGCGGCCAUACCGCAAUUGUUGCCAUCAAGGUUUUCACAGUGGUCCCAGCAUUCAACGAGCAUCAUCUGGGGUGCACAGAAAACGAUUGUGGCAAAGAUGGGAAGCCAGGACACUGCACAAGAGACGUAUCCUUCUGACUGGGCCCUCAUGUACACAACUACUGGUCUAAACCAGUUUGUUGGGGUACCAAUUCAAGUUGGCAAUAAUUUGGUGGGAACACUUUGUGUCGGAUACACAUGUGAACUUCAGAAUGACUGGAUUCCUUGUGCAAUGGAGGCUGCUGCCUUAUGGGCUUAUCGGUACUUUGAAAGAUACCAAUUUGCAAAGAUUGUUCAGUGCAUGGAGGCCAUGGCAACGUGCAGAACUAUCAAUGGACUUGUGAAGAAGCUUGCCAAAGGAAUCUUGAGGUUUCUGUCAGGCAGAGUGCACACAACGUUCGCGUGUAGAUUAGCAUUGUCACGCCCUGACUUGAAGGCUGGCAUUGUUUUCGAGGAGGAGACCAUCAAUUUUCACAGGAAGAGUUCAGGCAGCUUAAGUUAUAACAAACAUAGAAAGUCGUGGUUGCAGAAACAGUCAGAAAGUGGCAUCUGUGGCGAGUGGGAGAAGUUGGAGCAACUGCAAGAGCUCUUGGAUCAGGCGUCGAUGACCCGUCAAGCGUGGAAUGCAAACAGCAACACAUGUGUUGGGGAGGGCAGACUGGAAUCAACUUUCUUAGGUCAUCGAAUGCUGCUCGAUGGUACCUUGCUUGGGGUUGCUCUGGAGAGCAAUGCGUCCAGGCUCAUUGAGGAUUGUACGGCGUAUGUGGAGGUUCCAACAAACCCAAGAAAGGACAUUUACAUCAGCUCCAAGUCUCAGAACAUAGGCUCCAUGCUUCUGGCCCCGAUGUCUUGCAAGGGCUGUCCACUUGGAGGUGUUUACUUGAUCUCAGCGUCGCUGAUGUGCAGCGCCCACAUGAUGGCCACACAGACAGAGCUCAUGAACGCUCUCCAGCUGCUGGUGCCUGUCCUGCAUGAAACACUGCAGACGCGCCUGGUGGACGAAUGGUGCCAACUGCGAGACACGGUAAUGAGGGACUAUGCCUGGCUGCUCACUGACAGGCGUGGAGUCGCAUUUGCCGGGUGCCAUCCAUGCCCUGUGCUGAAUAUCCUUAUCGCCUGCACUACCAAGAAGGCCUCACGAAGUUCUUGCUGA